UUGAUUUCAAAGAGGAAAAGAUCGGAGAUGAAGACCAGCGCUGUUUCUGAUCCUCGUUUGAGGCUCAAGUGGGACAUAUUCCUCAGUUUUAAGAGAGACAGAAGCCACGGUUUCACGAAUCGUCUCUAUGAAGCGCUCAUCAAGGCACAGGUCCGGGUAUGGAAGGGUGACGUGGAACGCAAGAAUCAGGAGCUCGGUCCAAGUCUUGAGGAGGCUAUGGAGGAUUCUGUGGCGUUUGUGGUAGUCUUAUCCCCUGACUAUGCCAAGUCUCACUGGUGCCUUGAAGAAUUAGCCAAGCUCUGCGAUCUGAGAUCAUCCCUAGGUCGUCCGAUGUUACCGAUCUUUUACGAGGUUGAUCCAUGGCACUUUCGGAAACAGAGUCCUUUCGAAGAAGAUAUUGAAGAGCACGCGAAAAGAUUUGGCGAGGAGGAGAUACAAAGAUGGAGGGGAGCUAUGAAUGUAAUCGGACAUAUCUCCGGAUUUGUUUACAGACUUUGGAGUUCGUGAGAACAGAUGUUGAAGCCUUGGAAGAGAGCUAACAUGUUGGAGAUUUGGAAUCUUGGAAGAGUACAACUUUGGGUUUUUAGUUUUAUGAUAAACAUUAUAAAAUUAUGAAUAAAAAUAUGUAAACUUUGAAUUUUUAAUUUCAUGAUGAACAUUUACAAGUAUAAAUAAAAAAUAUAUAAGCAUUGGGUUUUUAA